AUGUCGGCCCCAUCAGAUCCAUCCAACACACGCGGCUCGCAGCUGCAAAGCAAACGACAUACCAAGGUCAAAUCAGGGUGCCGCACAUGCAAAGUGCGGAGAGUCAAGUGUGACGAGGGUCGGCCCGCCUGCCAACGGUGCGUAUCUACGCGUCGAGUAUGCGAGGGCUACGGCAUCUGGGGUGGCGGCAGUCAAGUCUACAGUCCUGCUGUUGCUGCUGCUGCUGCCGCCGCCGCCGUCAGCACCAAUGCCAAUGCUGUGACCUUGUCUCAGGCGGGCGAGGUUCGGAGGCAAACAGUCACCGAGUCCGAGUAUCGCUACCUAGACUGGUUCAAGGAGCGGGCAAAGAGAAAACUCAUGGGACCUUUUGACUGGAAUUUCUGGGACAACCUCUUGAUGCAGGCCACUGCCAGCGAGCCGGCUGUUUUGCACGCUGCAUUGGCCAUCAGCACUGCACACCAAGCAAGGUUCACAGCUGCCGCCGCUGCACUGGGCAAUGCUAACCACAUCCCGUCGAUGGACACGCCCGACGGCCUGGAGCAGUUUACGCUGGAGCAGUACAACAAAUCCAUCAGGCAUCUCAACCGACAACCAGUGUCUGGAAGCGGUAGCAAGCCAGCCGUACGCGUUACCAUCAUCACCUGCGCCGUCUUUGUUUGCCUCGAGAACCUCCGCGGCAACUAUCGCACCGCAUUCAAGCACCUGCAGAAUGGCCUGCGUCUUUUGAACCAAAUGCAGCCCUCGCGGCCGACAGGGCCAAGGCGCAAAAAUUCCAUGACCUUGGAAGUAGGACCGAAGCAGCAUCGCGAGGUUAUUGACGAUUGGCUCGUCGAUACGUUUGCCCGCCUCAACCUGCAGGCCACGAUGCUUGGUGGGACGAGCAAUCCCCACCAGGUGGUGCCCCGGACCCUGAGUCCACAGCUACCCACACACUCGUACGAAUCAGUCGCCCAUGCAAGACUGCACAUUGAUCGUCUGGUGAACAACAUCAUAUGCCUGCAGGCCGAGCGGGACGGCCAGGGGGAGACCACUGCCAAGCAGCUUGCUGAACAGAAGCUCAUCCUGGCCGAGCUGGAGAUAUGGCACAGAGCUUUUGUCACAUAUGAAAAGGACCACAUUGGCGUCUACGACAUCAAAGAACGCAUCGCGGCCACUAUACUGCAUUCCUUUCAUGCCAUGGGAGUCAUGAUGGUGACGACGUGUCUGGGGCCCCAGAGCGAAAUGAGUUAUGACGCGCUCCUGAAGCACUUUAUAACCAUCAUCAACGACUCGCGCGAGAUGGUGAAUGUUUGCUUUACUUAUAUCCCCAAGUACGCACAUGGAGUGUCGCACGUGGAUAUUGGAUGGAUCGCGCCCCUGUACUACACGGCGAUCAGAUGCCGCAUCCGGCGGAUACGACACCAGGCCAUCAAGCUUAUGCGGGUAGCCGGCCAUAGCGAGGGCUUCUGGGACGCAAGGAUCGCCGCUGGCAUCGCGAGCGACAUAAUAAAGGUCGAGGAGGGUAAUUUCUUUGCGAAUCCCCAGGAGGACCAAGACCUCAAGCAAAUAGCUGCGGUGGACCCCUUGCCAUCUGAACAAGACCUUUUAGACUUGCCAGUUCUGCCGGAAAACCGCAGGCUGCGCAAUGUGAAGAUUUCACUUCCCGACAGUCUUGACGAGAAGCUCAGAGCGAGCUGGGAAAGCAAGCUCCAGGAUGGAGAAUGGAAGCACAUAAACAAGGAGUAUAACCUGGCGGAGAUCAAUGACCACUAUCAGUUUGUAAAGUCGGACUGA